CUCAAGCCCAGGACUCCUGAAUGACGACUGCCUCCACCUCAUUCCAGUGACUCGGGCAUGUGCAGGUGCUUUCCUGGCAGGAGGAGCACAUAGACAGGCUUUGAUUUAGACCAGAGCAUCUGCCUCUGCCUCUGUCUCCCGCGGCUUCACGAGGUGAGGAGUUCCAGGGGCUCUUGGCAUCAGGUAGAUGGUCCCAGGCCUCUGUAAACCCACAUGGAAUUUGGACAACCCGGCACCCGUCUCCAAGCGCUUCCGCCUUUCCUCUCAUCCAAUCCGCUGAGCCGGUUGCCGUCAUGACUCCGGAAGGACUUAUCCUGGUCGCCGGAUGUGACGCAGGCAUCAAGGCGCGCCGGAGGCCACGGAGAAAGCGCCGAGAAGGCGGGCCCCGCCUGAGGUCUGGCAGUCAGUGACAGAGCCGGGCGCCCACUGCCCGAGCGUCAUCAACAGCACCAUGCCCGCACUUCUGGAGCGCCCCAAGCUCUCCAACGCCAUGGCCAGGGCUUUGCACCGGCACAUCAUGAUGGAGCGAGAGCGCAAACGGCAGGAGGAGGAAGAGGUGGACAAGAUGAUGGAACAGAAGAUGAAAGAAGAGCAGGAGAGAAGAAAGAAAAAGGAGAUGGAAGAGAGAAUGUCACUAGAAGAGACCAAGGAACAAAUUCUGAAGCUGCAGGAGAAGCUUUCAGCUCUACAGGAGGAGAAGCACCAACUUUUCUUGCAGCUCAAAAAAGUUUUGCAUGAGGAAGAAAAACGAAGACGAAAGGAACAGAGUGACCUGACCACUCUGACAUCAGCUGCGUACCAGCAGAGCCUGACUGUUCACACGGGAACUCACCUCCUCAGCAUGCAGGGGAGUCCUGGAGGACACAAUCGCCCAGGUACUCUCAUGGCAGCUGACAGAGCCAAGCAGAUGUUUGGACCCCAAGUGCUUACGACCCGGCACUACGUCGGAUCUGCAGCUGCUUUUGCAGGGACCCCAGAACAUGGACAAUUCCAAGGCAGCCCAGGGGGUGCCUAUGGGACUGCUCAGCCCCCACCUCACUAUGGGCCUACACAACCAGCCUAUAGUCCUAGCCAGCAGCUCAGAGCUCCAUCAGCAUUUCCUGCCGUGCAGUACCUAUCUCAGCCGCAGCCGCAGCCCUAUGCAGUGCAUGGCCACUUUCAGCCCACCCAGACAGGGUUCCUCCAGCCCGGUGGUGCCUUGUCUUUGCAAAAGCAGAUGGAACAUGCCAAUCAGCAGACCAGCUUCUCUGACUCCUCUUCUCUGCGGCCCAUGCAUCCCCAAGCUCUGCAUCCAGCCCCUGGACUCCUGGCUUCCCCCCAGCUCCCUGUGCAGAUGCAAGCAGCAGGAAAGUCAGGCUUUGCCACUACCAGCCAACCUGGCCCUCGACUCCCUUUCAUCCAGCACAGCCAGAACCCACGAUUCUACCACAAGUAACCACCAGAUUGCAACGUACCCCUCCAUCCCUCAUGGUGGGGGGUCUUCCUAUGUGCCCCAAACCAAUAAAAUGUACCCACUACCA